AUGAGCCUGAGCGGCGUUCACCCUGGCCAGUCCGCUUCCCAAGAUCCACCUACAAGUUUUCUCCCACCACCUCGCCAAAUCCGUUUCGUCUCGACCGAUGGCCAACCGCACACGAAGAGGAGGCGAAUAAAUGCGGCUUGUCUCACUUGUCGCAAGAGGAAAACGCGUUGCUCGGGCGAGCGGCCCGAGUGUAAAACCUGCACGGAUAACAGUCAUGUCUGUUCAGGCUAUGCCGAUCGCCCAACGCGCAAAGAUGGUGAAAGAGCUGACGAGGAUGCUGAAGAUGAAGCCGACUCUGGAUCCUCAACGCCUCAAAAGCACAGUAGAGAUGCAGAAGUCGCGAUGAAGCCGCGGUAUGGGCCAGAAAAAGAAACAGACAACAAGCACAGGGAAGAUGGAGGAAUGAUAAGUCCUUCGAGCAAUCAUACCUCGAGCAGCUUCACCUCUUCUCGAAACCGGGUUCCCUACUUCCGGUAUUUCGGGCCAACGGCGAUCGUACCUGGGUUUAAACAGAUGGUGGUGCAAGUCAAAGACCAUAGAUCGAGCUUGCCUUCGGCCUCUGGAGAGUCUCCAGCUGCUGGUCAACAGUUAGAUGGGAAUUUCGCCCUUGGUCAGGAUAGAAUGCCCGUUGAGAUACCCUUUUACGAUGCGACAGACCCGGAACAAAAUGCUCCCCUGAUCACCCAUCUUUGCGAAACGUUCUUCGCUCAUCUUGGCUGCAACUACCCUUUUCUUCAACGCGACAGAUUCCUGAGAGAUUUGGAAGAGAAGAAAGUCGAUGCCAUCCUAGUCGAUGCUGUCUGCGCGGUUGCGGCGCGAUUCUCAGCAAACCCUCUCCUUUGCAGAUCCAAUGACGCGUCCAUUCCAUUAGACCCAGAAGGAAAUGUCAGGAGAGCCUUUCGGGGCCAUCCGUUCGCUCAACGGGCCAUGUCGGCCGUCAUCGACACGUUUUCUUGCCCAACCAUGGCUGUCGCUCAAGCCUGCCUCCUUCUCGCCUACGAGGAAUUUGGCGUUGAUCACGAUAGUGGCUUAUGGAUGUACCUUGGCACGGCCAUUCGCAUGGCGCAGGAUCUGGGCAUUCAAAAGCUCGAGGGCUUACAACUCGAAGGGCGAAUCGGACCAACUCCCAAAACUGCGAAACUUGGUCAAGACGGUAAGGCUGAAGAGCAGAGGAGAGCCGAACAGCAACAAAGGCUGUCUCGAAAUCUGUCUGAACAAGGCAGUUCUCAGCUGGACGACCGAAGGGCAAGUGAACAAGAACGCAUUGAUACCUUUUGGGCAAUCUUCUUUCUGGACCGAGCAGUUUCUUCUGGCGUGGGACGUCCGGUCACUCUACGAGACAAGGACAUCGAAAUCUCCUUUCCAUAUCGAAGCGAUGAGAAGAUGAUCAAUGGAUACCCUGAUCCGUUUCCUGCUAUGAUUAAGAUUGUUCACAUGUAUGGACGAGUUGCAGAUGUGCUCAACAACAUAAAGGAGGUCAGCCAGGUAACGCCAGAUGUGUUGAAGCGUUUGGCAAGCAUGGAGAGAGAUUUGACCGGCAUAUAUCAACGGUUGUCGCCUAGGUUGCAUUUCAAUGCCACAAAUUUCCAACAUUAUGUCAAAGCGGGUCAUGGCACCAACUUCAUACUACUACAUUUCUGGUUUCACACCUUGAUUGUCCUGCUUCACCAGCCGACGUUGCUGCACUCAUUCGAAGGACGAAUUCAACAACUUUUUCCCGACAGCAGGGAAUUGUCGAUGUCGUCGGCAAAGACGAUUGCGGAUAUCCUGGCGUUUGCUGAGUUGAUCGAUGUAAAGAGUUUCAUCGGUAAUCCGUUUACAAGCCAGCCCAUGUAUGUCGCGGCAUGCGCUUUUCUAGCAGAGGCUGCCGCCCAUACCUCCCAGCCGUCGUCUCGAGCGACGUCUCCGCCGUCAAGCGGACAUACGCCUCGGCCGAAGCCGGACGUGGUUGCGGAAAGGACGCAAAAAGCAGCCUCUGCACGACAUACGCUUCUCGCUACUGCGGCUAAUCAAAAUUAUCAGCGGUGCUACAAAGCUCUUGAGACUCUGGAUUCUUAUUGGGCUGGUUGUCGCUACAUCUUGACCGCUCUUGACCAGAAGUCGAAAGGCUUGAUGGAUCCCUUGCUCUUUACUGCAGAAGAUGUCGAUGGGGAAAUGCCAUCAACAGAGCCUUCUUUUACCACGCCCGGCUGGCGAAGAAGCACUUCGCUCGCUGCUUCACUUGGUGCAUAUGGGAGACUCCGCACUCUGAAGGGACUGCCGGGGAGCGCGCCGAUAUCUCCGUCGAUGGACCUCAGUAAUGCAAUUGGGUGGUCUUUGACUGGGACGGCCAACUCUCUAGCCCCCAAUCUCAGCUUCCUGUAUCCGACGGGCGGUGAAACUGAGAAGACUCCACUGGCGGCUCCGCUGACGAAAGCUGAAGUCGAGACGACCAAAGGUACACCAGCUACGAGAAAUUUUGAAGCACAGUGGCCAAAUCAGAACGUAUCCAUUGUCCAAGGGGACCAGACCAUAACUGAUCAACUGGGACAAGCUUACCGUGGAGAAAGCUCAACAUCUACUGAUAGAGUGUCAUCAGUACCUUACGAUCCAGUAUCAACAGCUGAUGCAGACCUUUUGCUUGGGCUCCACUCUCCAUACACUGCUAGCUCAGCGCCAUCAUCCAGUAUUGCUCCUGGACCCAUACAGCCCAGUCGGCCAUCGAAUACCUUCGGAUACUCACAGCAAGUGCCUCGAUAUAGUAGUUCCAUAAGCCCCAGGCAACCGUUUGUUGACACACAAAAUCAAGCUUACAGUGAUAUGCUGAUUGAAUCACAAGAUAUUGAUAUGAGUGCAGGGCAGCAGUUCAAUUUCGAUUUCCUAGGUGGCGACAUGAUACCCUGGUUGGAAUAUCUACCACAGGAUGUCUUGAAUUACUUUGCGGAUCCACAAACGGAAAUAUGA